UCUAUCUUUCUCUUGAAUGCUGUUCUCUUAUUGUGUGGGUCAAAAUUAGUACUCUCUGCUCCUUGGAAAGAGACAUUUAGAGACUUCAGUUUGUCAAAAAUAUCAGCAAGGAUGGCUGUGGCUCCUCCCAGUUAUUGUUUUGUUGCUUUCCCACCACGCACUAAAGAUGGUCUUGUCGUGUUUGGAAAAAAUUCUGCACGGCCUCGAGAAGAAGUCCAGGAGAUAGUCUACUUUGCUGCUGCUGCCCAUGAUCCAGGAAGCAAAGUUGAGUGCACAUACAUUGCAAUCGAUCAGGUACCGAAGACUCAUGCUGUUGUGCUAAGCAAACCUGCCUGGCUGUGGGGGGCAGAAAUGGGAGCCAAUGAACAUGGAGUUUGCGUCGCUAAUGAAGCCAUCACCACCAGAGAGCCAGCUUCUGAAACUGAAGCCCUGCUGGGAAUGGAUCUUGUCAGGCUUGGGCUAGAAAGAGGUGCGACAGCUAAAGAAGCCUUAGAUGUAAUCAUUUCUUUGUUGGAAGAGCACGGACAAGGAGGAAAUUAUUAUGAAGAUGGGAGUUCCUGCCAUGCUUUCCAAAGUGCAUUUCUGAUUGUGGACAGAGCAGAAGCCUGGGUCCUGGAGACUGUUGGGAAAUAUUGGGCAGCAGAAAAAAUCACAGAUGGAGUAAAGUGCAUUUGCAAUCAGCUUUCAUUAACCACAAAAAUUGAUGCUGAGCAUCCUGAGCUUAGGAAUUAUGCAGAGAUUCAAGGCUGGUGGACUGGAGAUACAGAAUUCAAUUUUUCUGAAGUGUUUUCUCUAGCUGAGGACCACUUAGGCUGCUGUUCAGGCCAGGAGAGCCUAGGAAAAAAAGAAGGAAAUAUCACUGUGCAGACAAUGAUGGAUGUCUUGCGUGACAAAGCUAGUGGUGUCUGCGUGGACUCCGAAACUUUCCUCACUACGGCUAGCAUGGUGUCCGUUUUGCCUCAGAACCCCAGCUCCCCCUGUAUUCACUACUUCACCGGCACUCCGGAUCCUUCAAGGUCCAUCUUUAAACCUUUCAUCUUUGUUGAUGAUGUCAAACUAGUACCAAAAGUUCAGUCGCCUUUUCUUGGCGAUGAUGAUCCUGUAAAAAAGAAACCUCGGUUCCAGGAGAAGCCUGACCGCAGACAUGAACUGUACAAGGCACAUGAGUGGUCCCGGUCUGUCACUGAGAAUGAUAAGGAGAGAGGUCAGAAGCUGAUGAGAAUUAUGUUAGAGCUGGAAAGACAAGGCUUAGAAGCUAUGGAGGACAUC